CCUAAACAUUUUAAGUGAUUUUAAGUAACUGUAAUCCAAAAGCAUUACACAUAAUUUAUCAAUUGCAAAGAUAAUUUAUCAAUUAUAAAUUAUUUAAUUUGCUAACAAGUUGUUUUAAAGACUGAAAAGUUGACAUAAAAUUAAUAAAAGUGUAAAAUAAUGGUUGUAUUAAGCAAUUUCUUGGCGCCCCAAGAAGGCAUCAGACAUGAAGAACCAAACACAACUCUCUACUUAGAUGAUAGAGAGGUAGGAAAAGGUACACUUUACAUAACAGAAAGCGUAUUGUCAUGGGUAAAUAGCACUACGCAGCAAGGCUUUUCUCUAGAGUAUCCUCACAUAUCUAUCCACGCAAUUUCACGAAAUGAAGUAAAUCAUCCUCGACAUCAUCUAUACGUGGUGGUUGAUGCUAAAGUUGACCUUCCAGGUUUUGAGGAAGUACAGCAAAAUGAAGAAAAUUCAGAUGAAGAUGAUAAUUCAGAACAUGUGAAUACUCAUAUGAGGUUUGCACCUGAUAAUACCCAAAGCUUAGAUGCCAUGUAUCAGGCGAUGAGUCAAUGUCAGAUUCUUCAUCCUGAUCCCAAUGAUUCUCAUUCGGAUGAUGAAGAAGAUGAUGAAGACAAAUUUGAAGAUGCUGAACCACAUCAUGGAGCAAAAGAAGACGACGGAGAAGAAGAAGAAGAAUAUAGAGAUGCAUAUGAAAUUGGAGCAGGCGACGCACCACAUAUUUUACCGCCAGAAUCAGUAGCAAAUAAUCAAAACGGAAAUGGCAAUGGAAACAACUUUGAAGAUAUGGAUGUCGAUGAUGGACGGUUCGACGAUGUUCCAGAUCAGCAUAAUUAAAGAACAGAAUUAUUAAGCAUUAAUGGUUAAACACUUAUCGAUUUGGCUAUAAUAAAUACUAAAUACUGCACUCGAUAGUUUAGAUCAACGCUACUCACCGCAGUAAUUCAUAAAUAUAAUAGUGAAGAAAUAAGAAAAAAAAAAAAAACACAAAAUUAAGUAUUCCACCUUAGAAUAUCACUUAAUUACAUAAAUAACAUUAGCUACUGUACAAUUAAAACAUACUGCAUUUCGUUUUUUUGGAGCACUAAACUUUAUUUAUAUUCAUUUUGUACAUGGCAAUAGAGUCUCAUGAAUUGACAACAAUAAAAUCAUUAACAUGAUAACACUGACAGAGUAA